UGGCGUCUAGCGGACGGCCUGGUCCCGCACAGCAUCCAGUGCUCAGUGGGCUGGCAGUGGCAGCAGCAGCUGCUCCAGGUAAACUGAUACACGAAUAAAUAGAUACGUCAAGCGAGGGGCGCGGGGCGAGGUGUGCGCCAAACAGAAGACAGUUGAGUGGAAAAUGUGCUGUAUUGAAUGUGCAAUACAAUGAGAAAGUGCUUGCUACAAAAUGUGGCACACAAACAAUUAAUGUGAAAUGAAUACAACAACAGCAACAGCAACAACAAAUGGAAUAGCAACAACAAUAACUGAAAUGUCAAGGACUUGAGCAAAUUGUAAGAGAAGAGAUUUUAUCGCCCGGAUUUGUUUCAAUCAAAAGGUGCUAAAAUGCGUGCCUACUACACUUCAAAGGAUAGCCGAAAAUUCGGCGAUAUGAGCUAUGAGAGCAAGUAUUUGAUGGACCCGAAGUAUAUGACAAAACGGGAUCUACAGCAUUAUUACAAAUACUAUAAUAUGACCCGGAAUCGUGGCCAAUUUAAGAAGAUAGUGAUCAUCAUAUUCUGCGUGUGCGUCUUCUCCUACUUGUUUGUGGACUACAAUUUGAGGACGCAGCUGCUCCGGCUGCGAGAUCGCUUCGAUUUCAUAGCACGCAUCGACGAUGAGUACAAUAAUGGGACUCAGGCCUACUUUCUGGACACGCCUGGCUGUCGGAUGCCCCAUUUCGAGGAGAUGGACGAGACUGUGUCGCAGUUUCUGUUCAAUCCGUCGGAUGUGAAGUGCCCUAAGCCCCUGACGAGGACAAGCGAGACGAUCGCCGGGCAGUUGCUGCUCAACCUGAAUGCCCAGGAGCAGCUUAAGUACUAUAAGAUCAAGAAUCUGUUGGAGAUCAGCUGUCACUAUAGGGAGAUUCGUCGUGUCAACGACAAUAAAAAUCAGGAGCUGGAGCCAGUGCCGUUCAAGCUGGCCGAGGUCAUGCAGCUGCCCAAGAACUUGGAAUUCAUGUGCAUGAGCUGCAAGGAUACAUCUGGCUCGGAGAUCUACUCCGACUGCCACUUCUUUGUGGUGGACAAGCCCGACAAUGGAACCAUCCACAAGAGAAAGCGCUUCAAGCGCGUGAGCUUCAACAACACUAACAACAAUAGCAAUAACCAUGAGCACAGCAGCUCGUCGCGGGAGCGUCUCUCGGUCAUGGUGCUUGGCAUCGACAGUGUUUCGCACUUGAACUUCCUUCGCCAGAUGCAUCGCACUUCGAGCUUCAUAAGGAACAAUCUGUCGCAUGUGGAGUUCUGGGGCUUCAACAAGGUGGGCGACAACACGUUUCCCAAUUUGGUGCCGCUGCUGAGCGGGCUGACUGAGCAGGAGCUGAACAUAUCCUGCGUGGCGCCAAUGGCAAUGCCGAGCUUCGACGGCUGCUCGUUCCUCUGGAAGCGCUAUAAACAGGCGGGCUACAGAACGGUCUUUGCGGAGGAUGUGAGUUCCCUUGGAGUAUUCCAAUUCGACCGCGUUGGCUUUCGGCGACAGCCAACGGAUUACUAUUUCCAUCCCAUGAUGACGCAAAUGGAGGCGCGGAUCGCCUCCAACAAGGUCUUAAAUGUCAAUGUCUGCAUGGGCGGGCGCAGGACGGCGGAUGUGCUCUUCGAGUACCUGCGAAAAUUUGUGCCAAAGAUGCAGCAUGAGCUCUUCUUCUCGUUCUUCUGGUCGGUGACGCUCACACACGAUAAGCUGAAUUGGCCUCGGCUGCUGGAUGUGCAGUUGACAAUGACCCUGCAGCGGCUGCAGGAGUCGGGCGUGCUGAACAGAACAUUGCUGCUAUUGAUGUCCGACCACGGGAUGCGCUGGGGCUCGUUCCGAAAUACCUACCAGGGCAUGAUGGAGGAGCGCCAGCCAUUGCUCAUAGCCCUGUAUCCUGGCUGGCUAAAGAAACGCUAUCCGCUGGCCAUUGCCAAUCUGGAGUUGAAUGCCAAGCGACUAAUCACGCCCUUCGAUCUGCAUGCCACACUGCUGCAGCUGCUCGACAUGCGCAACUUGGAGCCGGAGCGACUGCAGCAGAGUGCGGCAGAGCUGCAUGACGCCGACAGUACGCUGCAACGCGGCAUCAGCCUAUUUCUGCCGGUGCCCGCGGAGAGGAAUUGCGAACAGGCUGACAUUGCGGCCCAUUGGUGCACCUGCUACCAGCGCAAGGAGCUGGCCACGAAUGACGCUCGCGUUCAGCGGGCCGCUCGCUACUUGGUCCGCUUGAUCAAUAGCCGACUCUCGGCGCACUCGCAGUGCCGGACGCUGUACUUGAAUUCCAUUUUGCAGGCACUGAUCGCGGCGCCGCAUAAGAAGAUCGUCAAGGACAUAACCAGCGAUUACGGCGUGGAUAUUACGCUCAGAUUCCAGACAAAGCCGGGCCUGGCUGUCUUCGAGUCGACGGUGCGGAUGACUGGCUUUACGAGCGCCCUAACCGGCACGAUCAGCCGCAUCAAUUUGUAUGGCAGCCAGAGCUACUGCAUCAAGGACGCGGCUCUAAAAAUGUUUUGCUACUGUCACAGAUAAACACCUUAAAUUCGUUCUAUUUUCAAGACUUGUACGCCCAAUAUGUAGCCUUAG